GGAUAAUUGAGAUCCGUGGAGACCAAGUUACUUCUAAACAGUGCCUUACUGUAAGGGCUAAAUUGGUGGCCAAGUCACAGCAGGUGUUCAUAGCUGAUGAAGAGCUCCCCCUCCUUGAGGACGUAGGGGAUAAACCCAAAGAUAAGUCAAUCGAAGAGUUGCAAGUCAUACCAGUAGACCAAACACAUCCGGAUAGAUACUUCUUGAUCCGGUCACAGCUACCUACACCUGAGAAGGAGUCUCUUAUUGGGCUACUACGGAGGAACAUCGAGAUCUUUUCCUGGACACCUUAA